ACAGGAAGAGGGGGGGAAAUGGCACCACGUGGUAUGGAUAUGUUGCUCAGGUUCAGUCGCGAGCGCGACAACUCCGACGAGGUUCGCCCUUUGCGUACUAGCGGACAUUUCCUUGUGAUAUAAGUUAAUCUAGCCGAACAGUAUGACAGACGUCAAACUCGAGGAGGAACACGAACUUCGUGAAGCGUGCGGUGUAUUCGGGUGCAUCGCCAGUGGAGAAUGGCCCACGAACUUGGAUGUGAGUCACAUCAUCUGUUUGGGACUGGUGGCCUUGCAGCACAGAGGGCAAGAAAGUGCAGGUAUCGUCACCAGCAAAGGAGAGAGCCUCAAGAAGUUUGCUGUCCAUCGUGGCAUGGGUCUAGUAAGCAAUGUCUUCAACGAGGAUAUCAUGACAAAGCUCAAGGGCAACUUGGGUGUCGGCCACACCCGUUACUCGACCACCGGAGGUUCGGAACACGAGCUGGCGCAACCAUUUGUUGUCCACACAAACCACGGUCUCUUGGCCAUUGCACACAACGGGGAGCUUGUCAACGCUCUCAACCUCAGGAAAAAGAUCCUCAACCACGGAGUGGGUCUAACGACAGGGUCGGACAGCGAGCUCAUCAUGCAGAUCCUCAGCCAGCCUCCACCAACGGGUGAAGAAAAAGACGGUCCAAACUGGCCCGCUCGCAUCCGCCACCUCAUGUCCCUGACUCCCACAGCCUUCUCCCUCAUCAUGAUGUACGACGAUACCAUCUAUGCAGUCAGAGAUCCCUUUGGCAACCGGCCGCUCAGCAUAGGGGUACUGGUGCCGCCUGGUGGCGUUCAUGAUAAGGCCAACCCGCUGUCCGAGUACGAGGGCUGGGUCGUGUCUUCAGAGUCCUGCGCAUUCAAGUCUGUGAGUGGCGUCCUCUAUCGAGAAGUGCUGCCAGGAGAGAUUGUCGAGAUCACCAAGCACGGGCCAAAGUCAGUCUGCAUAGUUCCCAGGCCGUUUGCGUCCGUCCCGGCCUUCUGCAUAUUUGAGUACGUCUAUUUUGCAAGACCGGACAGCAUCUUCGAAGGCCAAAUGGUCUACACUGUCCGAAGGGAAUGUGGAAAACAGCUGGCAAAGGAAGCACCAGUGGAAGCCGACAUUGUCAGCACAGUACCGGAGUCUGCAACACCCGCUGCCCUGGGCUUCUCCGAAGUGACGGGAAUCCCAUACGCGGAAGUGCUCUGCAAGAACCGCUACGUGGGACGGACGUUCAUUCAGCCGAGCACCAGGCUUCGACAGCUGGGUGUUGCCAAAAAGUUUGGGCCCCUGUCGGACAACUUCGUGGGGAAGAGGAUAAUCCUCAUUGACGAUUCCAUUGUGAGGGGCACCACAGUUGGCAGCAUCAUCAAGCUGCUCAAGGAUGCAGGUGCCAAGGAGGUCCACAUUCGCAUUGCCUCCCCACCUCUACGCUUCCCCUGCUACAUGGGCAUCAACAUUCCUACGAAAGAAGAACUCAUAGCAAACAAGCUCAAUGCCAAGGAACUGGCGGACGCCCUAGGGGCAGCCAGUCUGGUCUACCUGUCCGUAGAAGGCCUUACUGCGGCAGUUCAGAGGGGAAUAGACCGUCAGAAUGGAAAGAAGGAAGUGGGCCACUGUACAGCCUGUCUCACGGGAGACUAUCCCGUGGAACUGGAGUGGUAGAUGGACUGUUUCUUCAGAGUGUGCCUCGUGCAAAUAACUUUGCAUACGACUCUCGAAGUAUGUUCGGGGAAUUGCAGCUCACAUCCUUAAUCCCACGUGUAACCAUUGCGUUCUUCCUGCUCUUCAACACCCCCACAGCUAGUUUUAUCACCUAGGAAGAGCUAUUCCAAAUUUUUCUUGCUGAAAGGGGCCACAGGAAAAAGGGCCCGCAAACGUUAACCAAGGUUUUAUCGGUUGUUUUAAAGCGUUAAGCUUCGGCACUACUUAAACGGAAAUCGUUUCAGGGUACAUACCGUCAUCAAUCAUUCCAGCAUCGUAAGAGCCUGUUAAGAGAGUAUUUGAGUUAACUAUAGCAACCUGAGAGCUGACAGCGCUGGUUUAAGCGUGUCAAUGAUUACAAUUGAGGUGUGUGCUUAGCUAGGUCUCUUAUUCGUGCUACAACUACCCUAAGCUACCACAGAACAGACCCACCAGCGCAAAGUAAAUUAUUUGACUUCAUUCUGACAUCGUAGCUUGUACAUACUCUACUUACUGCUCCCUAUACAUUCCCCUGUACAAUGUACAAUCACUCUUUUUUUUACCGAGCUAUUUUUGUAAAGUCCUUAGAAGGAAAAUAAAUUUGUUGAAACUUA